AUGCAUGAUGUGCGCUUACACUACAAGCCGCACAUCACCGACCCCGCGAUCGCCAACACGCUCCGCCCACCGGACCACCAGCGUCAACCGGCCGCCACUUCCAAGAUGGAACCUAUUUCGUUUGCCGCAUCGGUAGCAUGCUUAUUGCAAGUCGGAGCCAAGGCCAUCAGCUUUCUUUCCACCGCGAUCGACGCCCUCAGCACUACCCGCAACGUUCUCGCAGAAGCCCAAGCGCUACACGGGAUAUUUCGCCAGUUGGACGACUUCAUCGUCAAUUUCCCCCAGCAGAGCAAGGCUCGCAAAUCCAGGAUUCAGAUCGAAGACCUGGUUGUCAUUCUGACGGGCUGCGUGUGUACCUUCUCAGAGCUGGAUAGGGAGCUGGAAGGCGUCAAGACGGACUACGCCUACAGCACCAAGUAUCAGUUUAGGCCCUGGGACAACGUCAAGUGGGCAGCCAAAGACCAGGAUAUCGCCAGGAUACUACGGAACCUACAGAUGCAUAAGACUUCGCUGAAUCUAUUGCUGAUUCUGGGAGAGACUCAGGUGUAUAGGAAAACGGCCAGGAACUCUUCAACAAACUCCUUCACGACUAUCCCCACGACGGAAUCCAAAUUGUCUCAGCUCACCGGUCUGAGCUUAGCCCAGAUAUCGAAUAUAUCCGUCAUCUAUCUGCGCAUCUACAGUCUCGAGCUGAAUAACGGCCCAAUGUAUGAGCAGCGGAAAUCCAGCGAUAACGUGGCGCCACUGCUCACUCACAAGGGAAACAACGUCAUGGUCAAUACGCUUGUCAAAACACUAGGCAUCGAUAUGGAGUCCCGAAACGACGCAGGAUAUACGGCGUUGCACUGCGCAGUAAUCUUCAAGCAGAGAGAUACUGUGCAACUACUGCUCGACGGCAGUGCAGACAUCGAGGCCAAGAGCAGUACCGGCCGUAGGCCGCUUCACCAGGCGGCCGAGAACGGGAACACAGAUACACUGCAGCUACUGCUCGACCGCGGCGCAGACAUCGAGGCCAAGGAUGACAUCGGUUGGACGCCGCGCCACCGGGCGGCCAGGUAUGCGCACUCGGAUACACUGCAACUGAUGCUCGGCCGCGGUACACACAUCAAGGCCAAGUGCAGUACCGGUUAUACGCCGCUUCACUGGGCGGCCGAGAACGGGCACACAGAUACAGUGCAACUACUGCUCGACCUCGGUGCAGACAUCGAGGCCAAAGAUCGAUACGGUAGGACGGCGCGACGGCUGGCGGCGCAGAGAGGAUACGGGUACGAGCAUAUUGCACAGCUGCUCCUUGAUCGAGAGGCCGCAGACGCUGGCGAGCGCAAUAAACCCAACUCCCAGGCUUAAUUCAUGUUUCCAGCACAACAAAACCCCGCGUGGCCCAGUGCCACGCAAUCGGCGAGGCGAGUUGAGGGAAAAUUCCAGGUUCAACCCGGGUGAAAGUCCUUCUUGUUUAGCUGUUGCGGUUUCCAAGCUACCACCGGGGGUGGUGAUGGUUUUUGUUUUUGUUGUUGGCGUGACGGAGCGAGCACAGGUUGGAUAUCACUCGGUCGUUUCACGUGACACACCUUGUGCUGCUAGCUGUGCAGGCGAGAAGGGGUGAAAACUGGUCUACAUAAUGAAUAAUUUCAUUCGUUCAUAUUUCUGUCGUUCUGUCUUUCGUUCUGUCGGGCUGAGUUGGGAGCGGGAA